UAACUGUCCGAGGGAUCUAGUCCGGAGGAAUCACCCUAUAGCAGAUGGCGCAGAUGGCUUCCUGGCUGACUCGGGCUUUCAUCCCUCUCUUGGCACGCCUUGCCACUUGUUCAUCAGUUGGGCCAUAUAUGAUAGCUGGAAUCCCUUUCUAACUAAAAUGGCGAUGUCCUUCCUCCCUCUGCCAAAGUCCUUCCUGGCCGCUAGCUUCUUCGCAGCAGCAGCUUAUUACGCAGUACACUUCAUAAUCAACUGGCCGACUGUCAAGAUGGGACACCUGGACGACGAUCGCGAGACGCUAGUUGCGAAGCCACAUCACCAGAUGAAGGUUAUAGCCGCUGGGUUGCCUAGAUGCGCAACCACUUCAUUGCAGAGAGCUCUUCAGUCAGAAUGGCUCGACUGCGAUCCUACGAUGCACAUGAAGAGAGUAGCGCUGAGGCCAGAAAGAACCCAGCUGGUCAUUGAUGCACUGGGUGAAGAAGAUAAGCAGAUGCGCCAGAAAAUCUUGCAUAAGCUGUUCGAUGGCUAUGCGGCUACUUGCGACGUCCCAGGGGUUGCCUUCACCGCUGACCUCAUGGACAUGUACCCCGACGCGAAAAUCAUCCUCAACCAGCGCGCUAACGGCUUGGUAUGGGGGAAGUCAGUUGAUGACUCUCUCAUGUUCUUCGUCUCGUGGUUCUAUCGCAUCAUAACCCUCCUCAGCAAGGCCGAUCGCCUGCAUGUGCAGAUGCAUCUCGCCGCUUUUAACCUCUCACAGCGUCACAUUGGGAUCGGCCAACCCGAAAGUCCCGAAAUGUAUAGAAGAAUGUACGACGAGUACAAUCAAUUCGUACGUGAUGAAGCGCGGAAACGAGGACGGGACGUGCUAGAGUGGCAACCACAGGAUGGCUGGGCGCCAAUCUGCGAGUUCCUAGGCAAGCCCGUGCCUCCCGCCUCCGUACCGUUCCCGCGUUGCAAUGACACACAAAGCAUGAAGAAGAUCAAGAUCAUCUUAUCAUUGCGGGGCUUGUGCUACUGGGUGCUGCUAUGUGCCGGUGUUUGGGUUGCUAUCCGGCUUAUCACCUAUUUCAGGGAGUUCGGCCCGUUGCGAUGAGGUUCGAGCUUUCGGAACUGCACAAGUACGAGCUGUUGUAUAACGUCUGGGGAUGGUAUCGAUUGUAUGGUCAUAGGACUGUAUUGAUGUUGUAGAGUAGAAGAAUCUGUCACUAAGGGAACCCACUGUGAGGGGUAUAUGGAACUCAUAUAUGAACGCAUUGCUAAUGUGCGGAUACAAGUACAUGAUACGACAGAUUGGUGUCCUUGCCUAGUCAGAC